UGAAGCGAAUAACGACAAUAUCAGGAAGUGGGACGCUGCAUGUUUGUUUACAUGAGUUUACUGACAACAGGUGUGAGCCUCUAUGACGUUUCGCUGAAUUAAACUCAGAACAAUUGGUGGUGGAAUAUCCGGCAGGUUCAACUAAUGGUCUGAAUAUCUUAGCUGCCUGAACUUAAAUGGACAGUAGUGGAGUAGGAGGCGGAAGAAAAGGAGGCAGAGGAGGCAGAGGAAGGAGAGGAAAUCGUGGGGGAGAGGGCAGAGAUGUCCGUCUGUCUAAAUCCUUGUCCUAUGCUCUUCGCCAUGGAGCCAACAAUAUGGGUCUUCAAAUAAACUCAGAUGGCUUCAUGUUUGUGGAUGAUCUCCUGGCUCACAUGCAGUUCAGCUCAUACUCACUGGAAGACGUGGAAAGAGUAGUGGCCACAAAUGACAAGCAGCGCUUUAAACUUCGUCAGCUGGAGGACGGCCGCCUCCAAAUUCGAGCAAGUCAGGGGCAUUCAGUACAAGUAAUGGAUUUGGAGCUGAAACCGGUCCUGGCUGGUUCUCCAGACUGCCCUGCUGAGGCCGUUCAUGGCUCCUAUCUCCGCAACUGGAGCUCCAUUCAGCAGCAGGGCCUGAGCCGCAUGAGGAGGACACACAUCCACCUGGCACCCGGCCUGCCUGGGGCGGACGGUGUCAUCAGUGGUAAAGUGUGACAGACUGAUCUUGCUGUGUAUAUUGACAUUCCCAAAGCUCUUGCUGACGGUAUUGAGUUUUUCUGGUCAGAUAACGGUGUGCUGCUGACUGCAGGCGAUGCAGAGGGAAAACUUAUCCCUAAAUACUUCAGCCGAGCCUUGAGACUGAGACCUACAAGGAGUAUCCUACCACUGCAGUAGCAUCAUAGCAUACUGUUGUGUGGUUUGUCACUUGACUUAGAAUGGAAAAGCAGAGGAUACAGACACUGUGGUUUAAUGUAACAGACUUCUGUAACUGUCUAUUGAGAUAUACACAGCAUGUGAGGCGAGAUAAAUGGUUAGAAGCUUCCUGUGGAAAAAACAGCAGAAAUGACCCCAAUAUGAUGCAACCAUGAGGAGUAAAGACAACACAGAAUGAAAAAUGAACUGCUGUAUUUAUUUAAUAAAUGUUUAUUUGUGAAGAAAAUUA